AUGGAAGGUCUCCUAUACUCUGCAGUCAGAUUUGAAGGGAAAUGCCAUGGUCACGAACAUGGUCCUGGUCACGGUCAAGGCCAUGAUCACGAUCACCGGCAUAGUGGAGAUGGUCAUGACCAUGGAAGCCAUGACCAUAAUGACGAGGAUCAUGCUGGACCUAACCCAAAACCCCAAGUCACAGCUGAUGCACAUCACCACCAUCAUGAUAAAGAAUUUCUGGAACAUCAUCAUGGCCGUGAAACAGAUCUUACAGAGCCAUUGGUCAAGGCUUGCUGUGAUAUCAAUAGCGAGAAAGAGAGUGGGCCGAAACAGAAGAAGCAAUGGAAUAUUAAUGUACAGGGUGCUUAUCUUCAUGUGCUAGGAGAUUCGAUUCAGAGUGUUGGCGUGAUGAUUGGUGGAGCAAUCAUAUGGUAUAAGCCUGAGUGGAAGAUCAUCGAUUUGAUAUGUACCCUUAUAUUCUCAGUGAUUGUGCUGGGCACUACAAUAAGAAUGCUUCGGAAUAUUUUGGAGGUUCUCAUGGAGAGCACACCGAGGGAGAUUGAUGCCACGAGGCUGGCACAGGGUCUGUGCGAGAUGGAUGAUGUGACUGCAGUGCAUGAGUUGCACAUCUGGGCAAUAACAGUCGGGAAAGUCUUGCUGGCUUGCCAUGUUAAAAUAAAGCGUGAAGCCAAUGCGGACAUGGUGCUGAACAAGGUUGUUGACUUCAUCAGAAGAGAAUAUAACAUCAGCCAUGUCACUAUUCAAAUAGAGCGUGAGUAG